AUGACCGUCCCCGCCAACCCCGAUGGGGCCGAGGACGUGAAUGAUUUCUUGCAGCGCAUUCGCGAGCUCGGCGAAAAUCGCGAUAAGCAUGAUGAAGAACGUACCAAGAAGUUGGAGGAGGAGAUUAUGCAAGGCCGGAAAGAGAGACAGGCCCGACGAGCAGAGCGAGCACGAUCGAUUGCCGAGUCACCAACGCUGAGCGCUUUCCGAUUGAGUGCCUCGUCACUCAGCCAAGUGUCUGCCAUCGAACCGCCCGAGCAACUGGAGCCCACCUUACAGACCUCAGAUCUGGACACUACAACUCCAUUUUCCUUGAGCGAGGCGCGAGAUCAGCCCGCGACGGAUCAGCGCCGAAAUUCCACCCAAGAAAAUGGAUUAUCGUCCCCCACACGAACAGUUCCGUCCAUGCCACGCAGCCGGGCGGGUACACUAUCAUGGCAGCAGCGCCCAUCCUCGCGAGGCCUCGGGAGCACUUCUCCUGGAGCAACAUCUCCCAGCCGGUCAAGUCAUCUCAGAAAUGCAUCCACCGCUUCUGACACGCCUGAGUUGUCCCGGGCCCAGAUUGCCCAGAGUCUCUCAUCCAAAGACCCAUCCUGGUUUCGUCAAACUCCAGAUCGGGGGGCUGGGUCACCCGCAUUGCGAAAGCCCGAGUCACGCUCGCAGAGCCCGUCGGAUUUGGGCCCUGCACGUCAGCUACCAGGAUUGAGUCGUCCCUCAACCGCCGAGGCCGAGACACCCGAGGAAGCGGAAACCAGGCCCCCUUCAGCGCCACAGACCGCUUCGUUGAUCGGCGACAGCAAACGGUUCUCGAGCGUGUCGUCGGUAGCCUCUGCGAGUGCACUCGCCUCUCCAAUUGCCCUUACAAAUUCCAUCAAACUCGACCCCUCGCAGAGCGAUACAACACACGACCAUGUCCUGCCCUCCCCGACCCAGCGUCGAAUGUCUCCAGAGCGGACACGCUCGACUUCACCCACCAAGGGAAUGGGUGGGUUUGUUCAAAGUGCAAUGAUGCGCCGUUCCGACAGCGUAUCGAAGCGAUGGAGUGCCCAGCUUCCGCAAGGGUUGAGUCGAAGUAACUCGAUUCGAUCCAACCGCAGUAGUGUGGCAGGACCAAGUAUUUCGACAAAUGUCAGCGACCUGUCUCCUUUGAAAACAACUCGAUUGACAGAGGACUUGGCCCCAGCUCCUCCGUCACAACGGCCAAGCUCAAGUCAUGGCGAUGUCCGCCCACCUCCGCAAGAUUCGACCGAGAGACCGAAAACGCCAUCCACCCCCUCACAUGAAAAGCGCGCCGAGAGAAGUCCCAAUCGGCCUAGCCAUUUCGCUCAUUCUCGCUCUGCUAGUUCCAUGACCGCGGAUAGUGUGACCGUUGAUACCUCCUCGGGCCCGUUCACUUCUCGGACUAUGGACCCUCGACGAUGGAGUCCCACUAAGGCGACCUGGCUGGAGAGCGCUCUCAACCGGCCAGAGUCACCCCGGGCGCAGAAGCCUCCACCACCUGAACAGCCAUCGUGGGUACGUGACCGGCAAAAUCGUGCCAGUGUUGACAUUGGCCGACUCAACAAUUUCAAAGAAGUGACCCCAAUCGGCUUGAUGCGAACACCGCCGCCCGGAGGUCACUUCCAGAAGCCCAGCGUUUCGGGAACUUCGGCGAUUCUCGGUGUGUCUGAGGCCACCCCAGCUCCACAAGAUACAGAGCCCGAAUCGUCACCUAGCUCUCCCGUCCCUGCACCUCUUGCCGUCUCAACCCCUGUCACUGCUGAGAGUGAGCCGUCACCAGCAGCCUCUCCUGUGCCUGCUCCACAGAAGCAAGCAGCGGUGUCGUCCGAAAAGGAAGUACAGGAUGUCGACUCGAAAAGUGAAACAUCUGCCCCUCUCGCCCUGUCGCCAUCGGAGCAAAAUGACAAGCCGGAAGAACUCAAGGUGCAGCUUCAAAAGAAUCCGGGGCAGACCUUUACCAGAAAAUCUCCCCCUCCGCCCCUGGCCACGAAGCCGAAUUUCUCGCUGCCCCUGAGGGAGCCUCCUCUGUCUAAACCGAAACCACAAUCGCCUGUGAUUGAUUUUCGGGCAAAUCUGCGCAAGCGCGAAGUCACCAAAGAGACCGGCCCACAGGCCGAGCCCGAGUUCAAGAACAUGUUUGGCAAACUAAGAAAGGCCGAGACACGCAAUUAUGUCGCGCCGGACGAGCUGAAGGGCAACAUUCUUCGAGGCAAGGCUGCACUCAACAACACAGGAGGGCCGGUCAAGACACAACGUGUGGAUGAGCUCAAGGACAGCAUUCUCAAGCGCAAGGAAGAAAUGAAGGCUGGCGGAGGGACCAUUAGGCGCAACACGCUGGAAGAGAAGGACGCACCGCCCGUACCCGUACCCGAGGCGAUAGCGAAGCGCCAAUCGAUCGCCUCGACCGCCAGCUCCAAACGCGAGGACGACAACUCGAACGCUAUAGCGAAAGCUCUCGACUCACCAAGCUCUGUGCUGAGAGAAACGACGAUCCCCUCCCCCGCCAGCUCGCAGAAGCGUCGACAUCGCUCUGCCAGAUCCGAGAUUGGCCGUCACCAGCAAGCCCAGGUCGGCGCAAGAGCGACAGGUGUAGAAGAUGCAUCCCCGAACCUCGAGACGCGCCGUGAAUCAGCUAGCUCACUCCGUGGCUUGCCAUCCUCUCGGCGAUCAAUACCCACGUCGCCUAUCGUGAAUCCCUACGCGUCUGCCAAGGGAAAUCUCGCCAGUCGUAUCAAUCCGGCACUUGCAGGCAUCCUCCUCUCCCGAUACCUCGCCCACGCCUCCGCGGCGCCGCUCACACAUAUGACGAAAGCCCGUGCCAGAGGACCCAAGAGAAGACUGCCAGGGGCCUCCGCCGCCCCAAGUGCUUCUGCUUCGAUCCCAUCCGCGCAGGAUACUACGGAGGUUGGUGCCAAUUCUACUUCUGAAGUCAAAUCCUCGCAGCCCCUUCCCGAGUCCGAGGUCUCCUCAGAGCCUCCCUUGGGGAACCUGCAUAAGGAAAGCUCGGUUUCCGAUACUGAAUCCGCUCAAGCAGUGAGCCCCAUAACAAAUCAGCACUCCCCCGGACUCAGAGUCAGCUUGCAGAAUACAGCCAACCAAGCGACGCAAUUUAGACCAGAUAGCACGACGCUCUUGUCUCCGACAUCACCCCUUUCUCCCGUCUCCCUUCUUUCCAUGCCUGACGCCAAUUUGGGCGCGUCCCCCAGCGAUCAUAGCGACAAAGAAAACUUCAUCGAUCCAGAGACCGACCAUUCCAAGGACGUGACCCCCGCGUCGAGCCCCAUCUCUGUCCAAACGUCCUUCCCCCCUAAGCCAAGCCCGUCGCCAUCACUGGCGCUUUCAUCGUCGCCCUCCACCCCCGUAGCCAGGCCGCAAUGGGUGCAGACUCCCCGGUAUUCCUCGCCAUCCUCGCCAUCCCCCCUCCGCUCGAGUAUCAACGACAAACAUGUGAUCACGCCAGCAACGCCCCCUCAGAAGCCACUUCCAGAUGUGAGCGUAGCGGCCUCUUCACCGCAUUCCAAGGCCUUGCCCUCUCCACCCGUCCCGGCCAAGCAAGCCAGCACCACCCUCAAUAAGCCCAAGCAUUCCCAUCAACUGUCUCGAAAGAUGUCUGCCCCAUCUCUGGUCGCGCAAGCCGCGGAAGCUCACGACAUCAUGGCCGUCUUUUUCAAAUCCUUCCCCAAUCCCAAACAUCGGAUGCACAUUGACCCCCAAUUGAUGUUAACGAAAGAAGUGGAAACGGCCAAAUUAAGGACGAUCAAGCACUUUACCUGGGAACUCACAGGGGAUGGCAAGAGAUACGAACUGCCCAUCAACCAGGAAUACGUCUUGUACGAGGGAAGUAUGUACCUGUGCCUGCAUGGGUAUGAGACACAAGGUCAAACCGGUACCGAAGUCUACCUCUGGUGCGGCGAUGAUGUUUCAGAGGCUGCUUUGGAAGCUGGUCAGAUCUAUGCUCGUAAGAUCAGCCGCGAAAAUAGCUGUAAACUGGCUGUGAUUCGACAAGGAAAGGAACCUGUGCGAUUCAUCCAAGCUCUCGGUGGGAUCAUCAUCACGCGUCGUGGAGCCAGCUCCCGAUCGAAUUCGUCUGCCUUGUACAUGCUUUGCGGUCGCAAGCACUUGGGCCAGAUGGCGUUUGAUGAGGUCGACUACUCGCUGCGGAGUCUCUGUUCUGGCUUUCCAUUCGUGAUCUCGGCGCCGUUCGGGAAGCUGUAUCUUUGGAAGGGGCGUGGGAGUGGUCCUGAAGAAACGGGCGCGGCUCGUUUGAUCAGCAUGGACCUGGGGCUGACAGGCGAGUUCGAAGAGUGUGACGAGGGCGAGGAGCCAGAAUGGUUCUUUGAAGACUUUGCUGGCUCUCAUGAAGGCAAUCCGCUGCUGUCCUCAACCUACUGGGCGCUGAAGCCUAAAUACCCUCAAUUUCGCGCGCGGCUUCUGCGCGUGGAUCAUGAGCUUGCCCAGCCUACUCGGUUCUGGAUGCGCCGUCCCGGGACAGGAUCGCCGGUCAUUCGGCCAAACGAUUCGGUGCAGGAGAUCGAGCCAUUUUGCUGCCGAGAUGUCACUGCGAAAGGCGUCUACGUUUUGGAUACGUUCUUCGAGAUCUACGUGAUCGUCGGCGACCAAGCAUCUCAUAAAGCGGCCGAUUUUUCCUCUGCUGUUGUCUUUGCGCAUGAGUAUGGUAUUCUUGCGGCCUCCCUUCAAGACCGACCUUUUAUUCCCAAGAGCUUUGUCUCCUUGGGUGGAAUUCCUGAUCGAUGUCAAAGUGCGUUCCGUAAAUGGAUCUCCCACAGAGUGGGUGCGCCAUGUGUGUUCCCGCUCGAUGUGGUGAUUGAAGCCAUCCGUUCACCCGGGCGAGUGGAUUGA